UGGCACUCAGCGUGUUCAGGUUUCCAGACGCGUUUAUUUCUAGACUACGAAAGUUUUCAACUGCGGUGCAUGUCCAAUUUUUCAUUUUGUACGGAGGAAACGACACUAUGAGUUUACUAUGAGAUACAUUAUUUUCUUGGUUUUACUGUUACUGAAUGUCAUACUUGUUGCUAAAAGUCACUUGGAUUUGGACUGGACUCAGGGAUCCAUCAAAAACAGAUCAAGACGGGACAUUUCCUGUAGAGAGGACCUGGAAUAUGCACAUGACAACCUCUGCUGUUUGAACUGUCCAGCUGGAACCUACAUGAAAAGCCCCUGCCUUCGAGAUUCAGAAAAAGGAGAGUGUGAACCCUGUGAGUUUGACUUGUUCACUGAACAUGGCAAUGGACUUAAGAAGUGUUUAUCCUGUAUAAAGUGCCGUUCAGAUCAGGACACUAUAGAGAAAUGCACAAGUACACAGAACACACGGUGUGUGUGCAAACAAGGCUCAUUUUGUUUACCAGACCAGGCGUGUGAGGUGUGCAAGAAAUGCAGCAAAUGUAAGGAAGAUGAGGAGAUGGUGGAAAGAUGUACAGUUAGUUCAAACACAGUUUGUAGAAAGAGAAUGUCUUUGGGCAGCUCUCUAUCAGUUACUCUUCUUGUUGUUUUGCCACUAACUGCAAUGGUGGUGUGCACUGCGAGUGUUGUCUACUGGAAGCAGACAAAAAUAAGUAAAAGUGCAGUAACUUCACGAAGUCCAAAGGAAGUGGUCAAAAUCUGUAUGGGUGAACGUGAUGAUUUGAGAGAGGAGAGACAGAAUGCCCAAAAUGCCAAGGUAGAUGACUCGUCUCCGUUCCAGCCGUUUCUUGAGCUAAAUCAUGCGGAAUGUGAGCAAUCAAGAAGACUUCUUCCAUUGAACGGAAAGGAAUCAUUGAAGAAAACCUUUGACUUCUUUGAGGAAAUAGAUGUCCACUAUCGCAACAGAUUCUUCAGGUUUGUUGGACUGAGUUGUAAUGCACUCAAAAUGGCAGAGUCUGUCUUUCCAGAAGACCGAGUUUAUGAACUGUUGAAAAUCUGGAUGGAAAAGGAGGGAAUGAAGGCAGAUUUCAACACCCUUAUUGCAGCGUUAAUUCAUUUAGACCAAAGACUGUCAGCAGAAAACAUCAUUGCAAAAGCAAUUAGUAAUGGUUUAUUUAAAUAUGAAGAUGAGUGACUGGAAACAUGCAGCGAUUAUCACUCUCGGUGAUCUCAAGGGAUAAAGAUACCUGUUAAAGUGUCAUUUCUUAACCAUUCCUGAAAUGAAACGCAGUAUUUCUCUCACAUUAUUUUUGGUAUAUUGGCCAAUACUGUGCAUAUUUUAAAGAAGGCACAUGUUGUGUCAUUGUUUACAAACAUUGUUUACAUUUGAAUUUGUGUUGAAUUGACUCUUUAUGGUAUGAAAUCAGUGUUAUGUUUUUCGUGGCAUUCUUUGACACAAGACAUUAGAAAACAUGUUGUGGUAUUUUCACGUUAUUUUGUU